AUUGGUUUAUCCUUUAUGAAAUAGUCCACAUAACAGCAGAAAUGCCAGGGGGAUCUAUAAAUGGGAGGCCUUUAAGAGAAAGUCGUGAUAGUUAUUCAAAAACAGGAAUACCUUGUGGGAAUCCGAAACGUUUCCACAGCCAGGAUGUUGUGCGGAUGGAGGCAGGGAUGCGGUCCCGAUCGCAACCCAUUGACGGCCCCCUGGAAGAGAUUGAAACCGAGGGUCAGAGACAAUUGAAGGCCCUGCUCCAUAAACAACUGGAUACUGAUGUAUCAAUACCACAGCAGCUGAGCAGAAAGCGUGAGUUUUCCCACGGGGCGGAGUUUACUCCAGUCACAGAGGAGCUUGUGGGGGUUCGGAGCCUCUCUGAGGUCCGCAGUUUGGGUGAUGUAGAUUCUUACAUUGAGGAGAUGAAGGGCUAUGGCCUCACACAUGAGGAAAUAUUGUACAAGCUGAGAGCAGAUGAUGGAGGGAAGGAGCAGAAGAAAAGUCGCCUAAGCAACCCUGAGUACCAUGGAGCUCGUCUCAAAGAAAUCGAUGAGAAAAUAUCCAAGAAAAAACAGCUUCUAGACCAGGCCGAUACAUUUGCAAGUGUGAAACCAAUAUCAAGACAUGAAAUGGACCUUGAAAAGGCGAUAUCAGGUGGAAAUGCACAAAACAAAUUCCUGCACACUGCCCUGGUGACUCAAAGGCAGACAUGUACAUCCACUAGUAACACCGUCAUGGAUGAUAUACCAGAAAUACUGGAGAGUAUUUCAUCUAAGCCUGUUUACAGGCAUCUCAGGAAAAACAAAACUAACAGACAUGCAUAUAAGGCAGAUUGCACAUUGGAAUGUUGCAGACCCGUUCAAAGCACCUGUGAGAAAUGUGAAAAGAUCCGAAAUGAAAAUUGUGUUUUUGGUGAUAGUUCCCAUGAACGAGAUGUUGGUAUCUGUUCUCAUAUGCAAGCAUUCGCAACCUGCAUGGAAAAACCUGACAGUUAUGUUUCGGUCCCAGAACCCUUAGAAACUGAGAAACCAAAGGUGAAAGUUCAUACAAAAUCUAGCAGCUAUGUUGUUAAAUUCAACACUUCUGAUGCAUGUAAGCUCUCACAGUCUGGUAGUGAUUCUAAUACAAAGCGUGAGGAUACUUUUAGGGAAAUUGAGCAGGUGGAGCAAGUUCCUGAACAUGUCAUACGGAAGUACAAACUGUCUGAUGAUGAGGUGAAAAAUAUUCCCAGGUUCCAGAAUUACUCUCCUGGAGAACCAAACAAUGUCCUUUUUGUGAAGAAUCUGUCACCAAGAGCUACUGAGGAAGACCUAGCCUCGUUAUUUGUUGGUUUCCAGACCCAGCCCUGCAGUAUUGUCUUCAAACUUCUCACUGGCAAGAUGAAGGGACAGGCCUUUGUCACUUUUCAAGACACAGAGACAGCCACUAAAGCCUUGGAUCUGGUCCAUGGUUAUAUGUUCAAGGAAAAACCAGUCAUCAUACAGUACGGCAAGAAACAACAAUAGCAAAUAAAUGCAUUGGAACCUUUUGGUUCAAAUCUUUAAUAAGGAAUCAACAAAUCUUAGUCUUUCAAAUUGUUAAAUCCAAAAAUUUAUUGUUAUAAAGUAUUUACAAAUGAUAAAUAAACUUUUUCACAAA